CUAAUCCAUCCCUUCUCAGAAAGCACAAUCGACUCCUGUUUUGCUAAUUUCCCCUUUCUCUCUGAAUUUUAUUCGCCAUAGAUCCCUAAAUUCAUCUCUCUCGCAAUCGGAAAAACCCUAGCGAUCGAGCAGCGGCGGAGGGCUGAUUCUCGAGUUGCAUUGCGAGGAUCGUCGUUUGGAUUCUUGAUUGAAUUCGAAUUCUUGGCAAAAGCAGGAUGAAAUUUGAAGGAUGAACGAUGCCGGUGCUGCGUGGUGGAGUGCGCAGAGGUCGAAGAGGGAAGCAGCAAGGACUGCAAAACAACGGCGGCAACAAUAAUCGAGCCGGCGUGAAUAACGUUAACGAUAAUCAGAAUAUAGAGGAAAACGAGGCAAUUGCUACCCGAACCAGGAGGCGGAGAAGAGCGGCGGCGGCGGCGGCGGCGGUUGCAGCGCCCGUUGAUGAUAAUCUAGUCGCCGCGGCGGCAGUGGCAGCUGCUCCUGCGGGUAAGGCGGUUGUAGAUAAGAGGCGGCGAUUGGAGGAUCGGAAAGAGGGCGUGGGUGAGAAAAAGAUGGAUGGUGACAGUGGGGGCAAAAGCCCUAACAAGGCGAAUGGUGGUGAUGAUGAAUUGGCUCCUUCCCCUGUCCCUGAGAAGGUGCAAGUUGGUGGUUCCCCAAUGUAUAGAGUUGAAAGGAAACUUGGCAAGGGAGGAUUCGGGCAGGUUUAUGUCGGUCGCCGCAUCACUGGGAAUGUUCAUGAAAGAACUGGUCCUGGAGCCCUAGAGGUUGCCUUAAAAUUUGAACAUCGGAAUAGUAAAGGAUGUAAUUAUGGUCCACCAUGUGAAUGGCAAAUUUACAACACACUAGGGGGAAGUCAUGGAGUACCGAGGGUGCACUACAAAGGCCGACAAGGAGAGUACUAUGUGAUGGUCAUGGAUAUGCUUGGACCAAGCUUGUGGGAUGCUUGGAAUAACAGUGCUCAGGCGAUGUCUGUUGAAAUGGUGGCUUGCAUUGCUAUUGAAGCGAUAUCGAUAUUAGAGAAAUUGCAUUCAAGAGGAUAUGUUCAUGGGGAUGUGAAGCCUGAGAAUUUCUUACUUGGUCCGCCCGGAACCCCUAACGAGAAAAGGCUAUAUCUGGUUGAUCUUGGUUUAGCUACGAGAUGGAGGGAUGGAACUACAGGUCAUCAUGUAGAGUAUGAUCAGCGACCUGAUAUUUUCAGGGGGACUGUUCGAUAUGCUAGUGUUCAUGCUCAUUUAGGUAGAGCUGGUAGUCGAAGGGAUGAUUUAGAGUCUCUAGCUUAUACUUUAAUCUUUCUCUUGCGUGGGCGCCUGCCUUGGCAAGGGUAUCAGGGUGAAAACAAAGGUUUUCUUGUGUGCAAGAAGAAAAUGGCAACAUCACCAGAGGCUCUAUGCUGCUUUUGUCCACAACCUUUUAAACUGUUUGUGGAAUAUGUUGUAAAUUUGAAAUUUGAUGAGGAACCUAAUUAUGCCAAAUGCGUCUCCCUCUUCGAUGGGAUAGUUGGACCAAAUCCAGAUAUCAGACCCAUCAACACCGAGGGUGCCCAAAAGCUUAUCUAUCAGGUUGGUCACAAGAGAGGAAGACUUACUAUUGAAGAUGAGGACGAUGAACAACCAAAAAAGAAAGUUCGCAUGGGGAUGCCUGCAACACAGUGGAUUAGCAUUUAUAAUGCUCGUAAACCAAUGAAACAAAGGUAUCACUACAAUGUGAUGGAUGCGAGGUUACCUCAGCACAUAGAGAAGGGAACAGAAGAUGGCUUGCUCAUCAGCUGUGUUUCAUCUGCUCAAAAUCUUUGGGCACUGAUUAUGGAUGCGGGUACUGGCUUCUCAGCACAAGUUUAUCAGCUAUCUCCGUUCUUUCUUCAUAAGGACUGGAUAAUGCAACAUUGGGAGAAGAAUUAUUACAUCACUGCAAUUGCAGGGACUACAAAUGGUAGUUCUUUAAUAGUCAUGUCAAAAGGCACAUCGUACUUGCAACAGUCGUACAAGGUAAGCGAGUCAUUUCCAUUCAAGUGGAUAACCAAGAAGUGGAAGGAAGGGUUCUAUGUCACCUCCAUGGCCACAGCUGGGGCAAGAUGGGCAGUGGUAAUGUCCCGUGGCACGGGAUUCCAAGACCAGGUUGUUGAACUGGAUUUUCUUUAUCCAAGUGAGGGCAUUCAUCGCCGAUGGGAUAUGGGGUACCGUAUAACUGCUACUGCAGCAACUGCUGAUCAAGCUGCUUUUAUUUUAAGCGUACCAAAAAGAAAACCAGUGGAUGAAACACAGGAGACGCUCCGUACAUCUGCCUUCCCCAGUAACCAUGUCAAGGAGAAAUGGGCGAAGAAUCUAUACAUUGCUUCUGUUUGUUAUGGACGUACUGUUUCUUAAUCUCGAGCAACUUCAUUCCGUACUAGCAACUUAUUAGGGGGGAAGGGAAAGACCUGGAUUUCUGUAGGGAGUAUGGUCCAGGUUUGUGAAAUUUUUGGAGGAGCAAGGUUAGUUUAUGGUAACGGUACAGAAGCUUAUUUUGGGGGUCUUGUUUGCCUGUUGUGCAUUUUGAUUGGUAGUUUCAGAUGACCCGUAUGCGUAUGCAUGAAAGAAGUCGUUUAAGAGGGUGUCUGUUUUAUUCCCAUUACCUAAAUGUUCAGAUGAUGUGCAGCCUUCAUUAUGUGGAAUAAUCUUUUGGAUGUAUGACAUAUUAUAAGAAGUUCAAUCAUAUCGAUCUUGCCCUGCUUGGGAACCCUA